GCGAUUGCGAGAGACUGUACCCACAAACAGCACCGAAGAACGUUUUCAGUUCAGUCAGUCAGCCAGCAAAAGAGACAGGCAGUAGCCGUCGUGUCAUGGUAGCAUUUAUUUUUUCCCCUCUGUACAUUUUGUGCUCUUCACCAACGAAAACCUAAAGAGUGUCGUCGAUAUCUCGGCUGCUGCUGCUGCUUCAAAAACACUGCUGUGCUGAAGGCGAAAAAAGCAGGCCAUCCAUCAUCUUAAGCGCGAGGCAAAAAGGAAGAAAAACUCGCAUCGUGUGUGUGGUGCACCUUUUUUUCGGUACGGGUUUUUAUUUUUUCGAAAGUUACGUGGAUUGAGGAAAAGACUGGUUGGUUUGCUUCAUUUCGCGUGUGGUGAACGCAGAGGAGUUUCUGGAAGGAAAAGCUUGCGAGCGUAAUUAUGCGAUGGCCCUAGUGACCAUCCAGCGAUCGCCCAGUCUCGCAGAUACUUCGCCAAGUGCCAACUCGCAAUAGUCUACUAGUUUGGAUGGGAUAUUACCGUAAACGGUAUUGCGAUUCCUGCGUGUAAAAUCGUAGUGAUCUUUCCUACAGAUGGAUCAGUGUGUGUGUGUACAUUCUUGAUAUACUAGUGUGCGUACGUACACGGCUGAAUUUGGUGGUGUUUUCGCAAUAGUGUAUUUUUUCAUUUUCGAUUGUUUCCCAACCAAAAGUGGAAAAUGCAAAAAACGAGUGGUUUUUCCAAGGAUAAAUAACGCUUUCUAGAUUGAGGUUGUGUCCAGUCAGUGAGGGUAAAGCCUGUUGCCCGUGGAAGCAAGUUCAGAAAACUUUGCGAUUGAAAAAAAGGAAAAACGUGAAGAAAAGGAAGCAGCUUGCAAAAAAUGGUGUCAGCGCUGUCGGAGGCCAACAGUGGAAAAUCUUGUGAAUUGGAUAAGAGACACAAGCUGUGCAGAAGACGAUGAAAAUGCUAAAGUGAAUAAAAGUUUGAGUGACAGCCACUCUGCCUGCAAAGCUACCGCCCCGAUGCUAGGUUCCAACGAGCGUCUUCGCACCGCCACCUGCGAGGACCAACAACAACAACAACCCCCCGUAACAAGCGCAGCUGGGGUCACCAUCAUCGACAUUGCGACACCGACCUGUCCUCUCCAGUAUCAUCCAGCACAUCCUACCGCAACGGUUCGGCAUCCCCGUUCCCGCUCACACAGUGCAGAUGAGCGGGAGUCGAUUGCCUCGUCCACCACCAGUAGUGCAUCGUCCUCGGCCUCAUCGACUGGCAGUGACAUCCAGCAGCAUUUGCAGUCGAUGUUCUAUCUACUGCGGCCGGAGGAAACGCUCAAGAUGGCCGUUAAACUCGAAUCGCUACGCCCUGGUCGCACCCGCUAUCUGGUCGUAGUGUCCCGCCCACCGGCCCGACCAAGUCGCCAGCAGCAGACGUUGCUGUUGCAACAGCAACUCCAGCAGGCGACCUGUGGUUCCUCCUGGUUGACGUCGACCUGUUCGACGCCGGCAUCGGUGUCACCAGCGCCAUCGGUGGCUUCCAUGAGCAAACAGAUCACUUCCGCCUCUCUGUACAAGGCCGCAUCGCCUUCCACCAGUACUAGCGUCAUCGCCGGCUAUGGCGGCAUCGGAGACGAAACGUUCGUGUCCAGCUUAGAUAACUGUGUUCUCAGUACUUCUUCGAAGGCGGCUAACAAUAACAAAAGUGUCGAUAAAUGUGAUAGUAAUAAAACUAGUAGUUGUAGUAGCGGUAGUGUAGUUAGUGCUAAGCCACCGGUAGCCGCUGCGGCGCCAGCGGUGACGAUGGCGACGACAUCUCCCAUGACCUCGACAGCGGUCGUAAGCAAAAAUACCAGUGGGUUCGUUAGUGUGACUAGUAGUGGUUGUACUUCUGGCGUCAUCAGUAGAGUGAUUAGCAGCUCGGCCAGCCUGGGGAGUGGAAGCAGCAGUACUAGUAGCAUGUCUGGCAGUAGUAAAAAUCAAAAUUUUCAUACCGGCGGUUGCGGGGAGAUCGAAGAAUCCUGUCUGCUCGGGAUCGAUUGCAAUGAGAAGACUACGGUUGGACUUGUGCUGCGAGUGCUUGCCGAUACCGCCAUACGACUGGAUGGGGAUGGUGGAUUCAGUGUGAACUCGUGUGGAAUGCAGCACAUUUUCAAACCGGUCUCCGUUCAAGCUAUGUGGUCGGCCCUGCAAACCCUGCACAAAGUGUCCUCGAAAGCACGCGAGCACAACUUCUUCGCUGCCGGUUCGUCGCACGAGUGGGUAUCCUACUACGAGAGUCACAUCGAUUCGGAUCGGUCCUGUUUGAAUGAGUGGCACGCGAUGGAUUCGCUCGAAAGUCGCCGACCACCGUCACCGGACUCUGUCCGGAACAAACCAACGGAGCGUGAGGAAACGGAGUGUGUCAUACGCACGACGCUCAAGGAAAUCAUGAUGUCGGUCGACCUUGACGUGGUUACUUCCAAGUUCAUUCGUGGCAGACUGGAGGAACACCUGGACAUGGAUCUUAACGAGUACAAGUCUUUCAUCGACGAGGAAAUGCUGGUAAUUCUGGGUCAGAUGGAUGCACCAACAGAGAUUUUCGAACACGUUUAUCUGGGAUCCGAGUGGAAUGCCAGUAAUCUCGAGGAGCUGCAACGGAAUGGCGUCCGUCACAUUCUGAACGUUACACGCGAGAUUGACAAUUUUUUCCCGGGGACAUUUGACUACUUUAACGUGCGGGUGUACGACGACGAGAAGACGGAUCUGCUCAAGCACUGGGACAACACGUUCAAGUACAUCUCCCGUGCCAGGAUGGAGGGCUCGAAGGUGCUGGUGCAUUGCAAGAUGGGAAUCUCCCGGUCCGCAUCGGUAGUUAUUGCCUACGCGAUGAAGGCCAACAAUUGGGACUUUGAGCAGGCGCUGCGGCACGUCAAGGAAAAACGUAGCUGCAUAAAGCCGAACAAAAAUUUCAUCAUGCAGCUCGAAACGUACCAAGGCAUGCUGGACGCGAUGAAGAAUCGAGAGAAGCUGCAGCGGAGUAAAAGUGAGACGAAUCUGAAAAGUGGGAGCGGCGGUAUGAAGGACGCACGGUUACUGCCGGGAAGUGAACCGACUCCGCUGAUUCAAGCACUGAAUAGGGGUAGCAAUACGAACACGUUGAACAAAAGUGGUAGAUUUUUGAGGAAGCUAGGAAAACGACCGAAAAGUUGGUCACCGGAUACGGAGAAGGCGGUACUGCUGCUGGAGGCAAGUCGACAGCAGUCACAUUCAUUGGAGCAUUUAAUGGCACCGCAGAAUGAGGCCAAAACAAUUCGGAUGCCCUGUGGCAACGGGCAAAACUAUAGUGUAUCGCAGAAUCAGAUCGUUCAUCUGCAGGAAGGAGGGAUGGGAGUUCAGGAAGAACCGUCAGUGCCAUCAGCCUUAUCCGCAUCUUCGGUUCGGUCCAUCAUCAGUGAGCUGGAGUCGAACAAAGCCAAAGAGACCAGCAGCAAUCACAAGAGGAAAGGGUCCGCUUCGUCGGUAGCAUCUGCAACCGGGCUGAGUUUAGCACCGUCCCUCGAAACCGAUGAGGACCAGUGGGAUCCGGGGGAUGUUAGACCGGCUGUGGUGAGUACUUCUCAAGAUUGUGAUAAUGCUGCAUUAGCUCAACCGGUUGUCUGCUGGACCAGUCAGAGUCAGAUCAUUCAGCAGGCCUCUAUUAACGUUGCUCAACCGCAGCAGCAGCAGCAGCAGCCGGUACAGCACGUGUCUCGCCAGAAUUCCUGGUCCAGUGUAGACUCCGCCGUCGUAGCCGAUAUAACUCGAGGUACAUUUUCAAGCGCCUCACGGAAUUCGAGCUGGGGCUCGGGUGAUAAUCAGGGACAAAGGAUGGCGCCGGCGCCACCUUCGCGGAAUAGCAGCUGGGGUUCGUACGAUACGAGCAAUGCCAGUAGCAUUCAAACCGUGGUUGAAGUUCCUGUCGAUCCCAGUGCUGACGGAACGGAUGAAGAUCUUGGCCAUAGUGGGAUUUUCCCGUACGAUAAGGACGAAAUUCCGUGGCAUCCGGGAACGGUUAAACGAACAAAACAAAAAAUCGAAGAACGUUCCUCUUCGUCGAUCAAACGCAUUUGUAGUGAAAAGUUCGGACAUCAACAUCCUAAAGUGGGCGAUAGUAGGGGGACAAAUUCCCAACAGCGAUCCAACAGUGAGGAAGUUUUGCCAUUUAACCGAUCUGCGGCGAGUAUGGGUUCCAGUAUCUACACGAGGCUGUCCGUGUCGGCUCCAGGUUCGUACUGUUUAAGUCCCUUCGGUAGUAAAAGGUCAGAAGAGGAGCAUCAAUCCCCUUCGAAAGGCCACCAUCAUCGAUUUAGUUUCCGUAAGAAUACCCCCGACGAACAGAAAAAGAACGAUGAGAACACCGCCCUCAGUGGCAGUGGAAUCGUGAAGAAUCUGAAGAUGAGUUUCGAAGCUAAAGUGAACGAUCGAAGCAAGAAGGAGCAGAAAAAGGGUCGCUCUCUGCCAUCAUCUCCAGUUGCCAUACAUAUAGAGCUGAGCAAGCAGCACCAGGGUCAAAGUGCGAAACAGCAGCAGCAGCAGCAGCAGGAGGACAUCACCGUUCGUGAUCUUGUGGACCGUUACGAGGCACCUCGCUUCCGAGCUUCAUUCAACACGCACCACCGCCACAACAGUAGCUGCUCCUCGACAAACACCGAUCAGGUUGUGCUCCGUCAGCGACCACGAUCCGUUUUCGAACCGCUCAAGUAUGCACAAAAUCAGCAGAAACCGCUGAUGAUAUCUCACUCAACGACGCUUCUCAAAUCAUCAACGGACGAUUUCAGUCGACCACCACCGAUUCCGCCGGCCGUGGUCAGUGGUGGGGGACCAUUUGUUCGCGGUAUCAUCAUCGGCAGUGCCUCCUCCAAUAGUCAACCAGCGGUGGGCGGUGGUGGAACUUGCACCGGACCUGGUGGUGGUGGUGGUGGUGGAGGAGGAGGCACCAAAAAAGUGGUUCAACACCACGGGAAAACGCACCCACUGGCCAAAAUCAAUCUGACCAAACAUCGGAUCAAUGCGACCUCGACGACGGCAACCGCAGCGUACAACACGAUGUGAACCGGUUCACCGACAGUCUGUUUGAUUGUUGUUGUUGUUGUUGUUGUUGUUCUAGAAUUUCAAUCGAAAGUUGAUGGGUUUUUAUGGCGUAUUUUGCCGAAGGUGUGGGAAUUAGCACUGAAAAAUACUACCGACAACCACACGGUGGCCUCUUUUGAGGGACCGACUGCAGUAUUACUCGAAGAAAAAAAGCGUUGAGAAAUCAGUUGUUUGUCUUGAGGAACAAUAUUCUCUACAAUAUUUAUAAUUAAUAUUCUUUCAUGUAAUUGUGUACUGAUUGAUUAAACCACAUGUGUGUGAGUGUGUGACGAAAAUUUACUUAUCCCAUUGACUGUAUGGCAUAUGGCAUGGGAUUCAAUAUUUGUGGUCUUCGCUUUUUGUGGCUGGGGAUUUCUAAUUUGCCCAGACUUCAGUUCCAACCAAUCCAAAAAUCUACCAGUCAUCAGAGCAAAAAUUGAUCCAGAUUUCGAUUUCUUUACUUACUGGAACGGGGUAUUAUUGACCAAACAUUGUAAGCUAAAUGCCAUACAAACAACGCCUGUAGUUUAGAGCUUAGAAACACACGCUUUCUUCGGCAAGGCUGCUUGAAACGCCAACCAACUGCUUUCGAGGUCGCAAAUUCGGAGACUCUCUGUUCGUAAACGCUACCUGGCGGCGAACGAUCUAUUCUGUGUUUUUUUACUCAUCCCAAUCGAAAAUGCGAGGCAGAUUCGUAGACUAGUUGCACCAGCAGCGAGAAGAAAAAAAAAUCAUAUUGUAAAUAGGUACAUAACAAAAUAUACAAACUGCUAGUGUUUAAGAUCCCAAACCCCUCUCCCUCCAAAUAUCCUCGGACGCAAACUGGAACAAAAUAAGCUAUGUAAAACGAAGGGCUCUGUUGGUUAGUAGUUACACUUCGUAUAUAGGACAGAUAUCGAAAAAAAAGCUAUGUUAGUGUCGUGACCUUCCAGCCUAUAUCAUCCGCUCAUUUUGUAUUACAUAAAUGCUUGGCGAAUCCUGGUGAUUUCAGCUUUUCUUUGUUUGUUUUUUGUUUGUUUUUACUCCUUCGCCAGACUCAGACAAUAGUUUUUACUUGUUUAUCUUUUUUUUGCUGAAAACAGAAACUAUUACUACUACUACUAUCAUUACUACCACAGCUAUACUGCGAGCAGGCAAGCAAGCAAGCACUAUUAUAGGCAUAAUCGCAAAAGCAAAACAGGCAAGCAAACGCGCAUAGUAAAACAAUAUUCAAAUAGUUGUUCGAAUAUUUUACGUGGUUUUAUAAGCUUUUAAACUGAAGAAGAACAAAAAACUGUAACGGCACGAGUUUGCCAGGGAACGACAGCUUAGGAGUGAUCGCGAGAGGAAGAAGAAAUGCUGAUCUUAUAGAGAAACAAAAGCGAGAAUUUGUAUUUAAAGAGAAAAACGUAAAACAUGAUUACAGUAAAAAAGAA